GCUAAAUAUAGCAGCAGAACAGCAGCAUCAUGAGCGUGGUCUGUCGUGGCGGCGGACCGACGUAUCCCCAGCGACCGAAAUCGUCGUCUGCAUGCAGCGGCAAACUCCUGACCAGCAAGGUGUGCGACCUCCGCGACCCAGACAACCCCAUGACCGCGACCGCGACCGCGCCACCGACUCGACCGCAGACGUCGUACAACAUGUACCCGUUCCAAGGGAUGAACGGUCCGGAAAGAAAUGCCCGCAUCCGGCACUUGAAGAAACCGAGCUCCGCGUCGUGGUCGCGGUCGUCGUCGCCUCGGCGCCCGAUUGGUAAUAAUCACCACCAUGGGUUCGAUCCCAGCAAACACAGCAACAACCAACAUACGAGCCAAGUUCCAACAUUGUCAUCUGCAUCGUCGUCAUGGCACGCGGUGCUGCCACGGCCGACGUCGCCGUUGGCCGUGACCCCUGCCGCCGUAUUGGACCACCUUGCCCAUGAGACCCACCCCCGCGUGAAACCGAGCGACCUGCGGUACAUCAACACGUGGCUGCGCAGUUUGGACGACGAGUCCAAGCACUUUACGUCGUAUUUUCUGUUUUGCGAGCUCAAGUUCCGUGAGUCGUCGGUGCUCGCGACGGGCAAAGCCAUGCCGAACCGGCUGCGCACGGCCGUGGCGUUUCACUGUCUGCAACACGCGACCAGCCUCUUCGGCCGGUACCAGCACGUCCUCGACACAAUUUGCCAGAGCCUAGGGGCAGCGAUUUAUGCAGACUACGACGUCCGUCUGGCCGACUCACGACGGCCCAUCGUGUCCGCGGUCGACUGGUACGACCACGGCAUGGCGUAUUUCGAGCAGUCCGAGCAACUUCGUGGGCAACUGGUCCGGGUGCAAGCUCAAUUGGCAGCAGCCGAGACGGAAGCGGAGCGGUUGAAAGACGAAGUGGAGAUGCUGACCAGUCAGUGCGACGCCCUCAAACGCCUUCGCGGCCGCAACACGCGGCCGUCUCUUGUCAUGCAGCUGCACGACAUGGGCGCGAUGGACAAGGUGGACAUGCUCUUCAAAACGUUUCAGUCGUUCGACGCGCCGAAUCGACGCAACAUCUUGGUGGGAUUGAUCCAGACAGUGGAGCAGAAUUUGAGCGCCGAGAUGCUGUUUGACGUGGUGCAGGCCAUGGCCCACGACGAAGGCGAGCGCCUCGCGGAGAUGCUCGUGCGCGAGUACGGCGUCAGCGCCGUGAAAAAGCCCACUGCUAAUGAACACAUGAAGAAAUUGAAGCGGUUUGUGACAGGGUUUGGCUCGACGUUGAAAGAAGUGAAUAAACCUGCAAUUGGCACCCCAAGUGACGUGGUCGACCAAACCAACAACGCAGCCGAGUUGCAAGCCGAGCGCGCGACGUUUGAAAAGAUGCUGCUGCUCAAGACGGAAAUGCAAUCGCUCAAGGAAAACCACGAAGUGGAACUGCAGUUUGAACUGGACAAAACCAAGUUGCUUGAGGAAGAGUGCAAGGAGCUAAUGACCAAAUACCAGGACGCACUCAAGCGCAUCCCCAAGCCGGCGCAGGUCAUGGACCAUGGCGUCCAAGUCGACAUGGCGGCCGCAGAUGCCACCAAGCGCAAGAAGAAGCGCGGAGAUGACCUCGACGGCCUCGACGAAGACGGAUUCCGCGGCAUCUCGGACGUGAUCGCCGACGCCAACUUGCCGGCGAAGAAGAUCCGCAAAAUCUUCUCAAAAAAACACGCCAUGGCCCUUGAUGACGUGGCAGGCACGAUUGCGAGUCUGUACCAAGCUAAGAUGACCCAGGACAUCCACGACGACUACAACGGCAAGCCUCGGUCGGGGUUCCUCGGUCUCGUGGAAGACUUGUUCAUCUUGUACUACGGACUCAAGGAGUUGGCCAUCGGCCAGCUCAUCUGCAUCGACACGGCGAUCCACAAGUUUUGCGAGAACAACGCCCGGGUGCGACUCUUUGGCAUCCUCAUCGGGUCCAACGCCGCCGUGUGCGCCACACAGCCCAUGGGACCGUCGCCAGAAGCCAUCGACUUCUUUCUCUUUCUUGUUGGCGUGCUCUUUCACGUGGGCCACUACACAACCCAGUACGACCACGCUCUGGCCGUGGCAAAGCUGCUCAAGUCCCGGUUCGGAGAUGGUAUUCCGCACAGCCCCCAUAGCACACGCAUCAACGUCCAGGAAGCGGUGCAUGUGGUGCAGAUCGCGUUUGCGUUCGACUCGACGACCGACAGCUCCGAGCACACCGAGUGCAUCCAGCUCGUGCAAGCGUUGGCCCUCAACGACACGAUCGACAUCGACCAGUUCCUCGAGCAAGUGAUGUUGCACUGGUUUGCCAUGUACGACAGCCAAGUCGCGUUCAUGCAAAAGCUGUUUCACAGCAUGGACCACGACAACAACGGCGUGCUCGAGUUCCACGAGUUUAGAGGUAACCAGAAAGUUUUCUUUGGGGGUUUAAGAAUGAUAGUCAUACGAGGCUUUCUUUAAUGCCGAAUGAUGGUCCUACUACUAGGCAUGGUGCACAAGCUGGACCCUGAGAUGACCCAGCGUGACUCGCUGGUCAUGUACAACAGAGUCGCGGGCGCCGACAACGUGAUCGACUGCAAGGAGUUCGUCGCGUGCAUGAUCAGUCACCAGCAGCACCUCAUCUUGAAGACGUACUUUGGGAAUGCCACCCUCCGCCCGAACCCUGGGCGUCGCGCGAGCCUCAAGUUUCAGCCGGAGAAGACAUUGAUGCACUUGUCCACGCUUCGGGACACCGUCAAGUCUACCGCGCAGUUACCGAUGGACGAUUCCGCGACUAAAGAAGUAGGUAGCGAUGAAGACAACGAACGAACCAUUGGUCAUGCGGAAGAAAUGAGCGGGGGCGCACUGCCAAGACGGGAGUCGUUCGCGCAACUUCCAUGCAACAUCCUCGGGCGGCUGCGCGAGAUGGCGACUCGAGGUCUGUCCGACGAGUUCAUCGUGGAAGACAACAAGGGCUAUGGAUUGACGGGUCCAGCAUCUGCAUCGAAGAGGAGGUCGUUCUCUUCCGAGGACUGGGACACCAACAUGGACGACAUCAUCAACUCCGUCAUUGCCAGGGAUGGCGAGUUGGGAUAACUUUUACUGUAAUUCAAGUUUAGCCAAUCCGAUUGCGUUCAACGAAAUGCUCGAAAUGGCGGCCUUUGAUACGUCUAAAAGCUUUCUUUUAAGCCAAUCAAUGUUUGUUUUUGC